ACAGAUGUGAGCUGCUCUGGUCUUCUUAAAUCAUCAUCGCCAUCUUCAUCCUCAUCACUGCAGCAGGUUUCUCUGAGUUUCACAUACUGUCUUGGAACAGGAAAUAAUAUAUAUUUUUAAAAUUCUCAGGAUUUUUUUUUUAUCAUUUUAUUUUAUUGGAUUUUCUGUUGUCUUCAUUUAAAUCUGUGGGAAAGCAACAAGUGAAGAAGUGCAGUGAAACGCCGUUCCUGUGAUUAGCUGUGUGGGCAUCAUCUGAACUGUCGAAGGAAUUGAAUCCAACCCAUAGUCCGGAGUUUAGCUGAGCUGGUUCUGGAGCAGUUGGAGGCCAUCGUGUCUGGACCUGAACAGUAGUGCAGCUGAACCAAGGAAGCGUGAAGGAGGAAGACCUGCCAGUGGUGGAUGUUGGUGGAGGUUAGAAGGAGGCUGCAGCGAUGGUCGCUGUGACCUCAGCGUUGGUCUCACCAUGCCUGAAGACCCCAUCGCCUCCGUCCUCUACAUCAUCCUGGAGCUGCUGAUCGCUGGCUUCUCUGUGCUGGGAAAUGUGCUGGUCUGCUGGGCCGUCUGCCUCAACAGUAAUCUGCAGAGCAUCACCAACUUCUUCGUGGUGUCACUGGCAGUGGCCGACAUCGCCGUGGGCGUCCUGGCCAUUCCGUUUGCCAUUGUCAUCAGCACAGGCUUCUGUUCCAACUUCUACGGCUGCCUCUUCAUCGCCUGCUUCGUGCUGGUUCUCACUCAGAGCUCCAUCUUCAGCCUGCUGGCAAUUGCUAUAGACCGCUACAUCGCCAUCAAGAUGCCUCUCAGGUACAAUGGUUUGGUGACUGGUCAACGAGCCAGAGGCAUCAUCGCCAUCUGCUGGGUAUUGUCCAUCAUUAUUGGUCUGACACCGAUGAUGGGCUGGCAUAAGGAGACCCCGACAAAGACAACACAUAUGAACAACAGCACCUGCGCCCCCGGCCUGAUGAAAUGUCUGUUUGAGAAGGUAGUGACCAUGGAUUACAUGGUCUACUUCAACUUCUUCGGCUGCGUCCUGAUUCCGCUGCUGCUAAUGUUGGCUAUAUACCUGCGCAUCUUCAUGGCUGCUCGUCACCAGCUCAAGCUAAUGGAGUUGAAGGCGGUUCACGGGGAGAAGUCUCGCUCCACACUACAGAAGGAAGUUCACGCGGCCAAAUCUCUGGCUAUCAUUGUCGGUUUGUUUGCCGUCUGUUGGCUGCCCCUGCAUAUCAUCAACUGCUUCACCCUCUUCUGCCCUCGGUGUGAUCCAUCCUCCCCCUUUGUCAAGUACCUGGCCAUUAUCCUCUCUCACGCCAAUUCCGUGGUCAACCCGUUCAUCUACGCCUACCGAAUCCGGGAGUUCCGACAAACAUUCCGCAGAAUUAUCCGGCGCCACAUCCUGGGUCAGCAGGAGCUGCUGGAGGGCAGCGGCAGUAAACGCAUGUCCACCCACAACAGCACCUCAGACUCCAUCAGACUCAGGACUAACGGCCUGAGUGUUGGACCCGUCUCCGAGCACCGUGGCAGCAGCAGCUGUAUAAGCUCCUACCACUGUCCUUCCCACAUCUCCCCAGUAGGGGGAGGACUGGUGGCAGUGUCCUGUCUCCCUCUGUCAGUGGUCAUUUCUAACAGUCCACAGACAGAGCUGUGUCCACUGCAGGUCUUCACUCAAACUCACGUCCAAACUGGUCUUCACCUCCAGCAUGUAUAGCAGCAGAAGUAUACAACUGAAAAUGUCCUGACCUCGAAGGCAUCACCUGACCCAAACACUGAUUUUAGUCCCGAGUCUUAAUUCAAAUGUGAUCUCUGUUAGCUGACAACGACUGCAAACUUGACUACCAUAACUGAAACCUGAGUCCUCUGUCUGCUCUUGUUAUUUAAAAUAACAGUCUACAGUCAUCUGGUCUGUCUCAUGACAUUCAUCUAAUGUUUUAUUUUCAUUUUCACAAGUCCAAUUCCACUCUCCAGAGAAGCUGAAGUACCUAGCAGCAGGUAAGCUGGUGAUAAACAGACAGCACUAAAGAGAAGAAGUCACAGAUCUGGAUGUUUCCAUUUCUGUAGAACUCUGUGUUUGGUACGUCAUUGUUCCAGCUGCAGCAGCAAAACAGAAGUGAGCUCUGUAUAGAUUUUAGACUGUGUGCUAUUUCCGCUCACACACACUCACACUCAUGCAAACACGUGUGUCAGUAGAUGUGUAAAAAACCUCAGAGGUUGGUAAUGUGAAACUGAUCGGUACCUUGUACUUGUGACUUGAAUUGUUCUUAUUUAAGUUGAACUCAAUUUAAAAAGUUGGAGGACUAAAAAUGCUCUUAAAAUACAAUUCAAACUAUAAACUAAACUGUUUUUGAGUGAUUCAGUUAAACAAAUAUGUAGUUCUCGUUGUGUUCCCUGAGAAGAUGUCCUCUUUGACUUCUUUUACCAGAUCAGUCACUGCUCCUGUGUUUCGACAAAAAAGAAGUCCACGGCCUUCUGUGAGAAAGGGGUCAGUACAUCUUGUCAAACUGUAAAAGGAUUUUGUUAGUUAAUUUUUCUGAUGACUUCCUCCUUCGUUCUGAGCAGCUAUUCUGUGUUUGGAGUUCGGCACUGAAUAAAAAAAAAUGAUGAUGUGUUUUUAAAGUCAA